CCAAGUCGCGCCUCUCUCUUUGUGGCUGUAGAAAGAAGAUGGCUCCCGUUCUGGAGAAGAAGUUCCUGGGCGCAGCCGGGGCAGGCGACACUAUGGAAAAUAGCAACGAAGACGAGGAAGGACAAAACCUCUGGACUUCAAUUCUCAGUGAGGUUUCAACACGUUCAAGUUCUAAGUUGCCAUCCGGGAAGAACAUAUUGGUGUUUGGUGAGGAUGGGUCAGGAAAGACAACGAUUAUGGCAAAACUCCAAGGAGCAGAGCACAAUAAGAAAGGAAGAGGCCUGGAGUAUCUGUAUCUGAACGUCCACGAUGAGGACAUAGAUGACCUUACACGCUGUAACGUGUGGAUCCUGGAUGGGGACUUGUAUCACAAAGGCCUGCUAAAGUUUGCAGUAACAGCAGAGUCGCUGAACGACAGCUUGGCAGUGUUUGUGGCAGACAUGUCAAGACCCUGGACCAUCAUGGAGUCGCUCCAGAAGUGGGCCAGCGUGCUGCGUGAUCAUGUGGACAAGCUCAAGAUCCCCCCGGAGGAGAUGAGAGAGAUGGAGCAGAGGAUGGUGAAGGCUUUCCAGGAGUACACAGAGCCGGAGGGAGCCGAACCAGCCUCUCCCCAGAGACGGGCUCCCCCAGCAGGGGGGGAUGACGAGGGCGUGGUGCUACCGCUCGGGGAAAACGUACUCACACACAACCUGGGCAUUCCAGUGCUAAUAGUUUGCACAAAGUGUGAUGCAGUCAGUGUUUUAGAGAAGGAGCACGACUUCCGAGAGGAGCACUUCGACUUCAUUCAGUCCCACAUCCGACGAUUCUGCUUACAGUAUGGAGCUGCAUUGAUUUACACCUCUGUCAAAGAGGAGAAGAACAUGGACCUCCUAUAUAAAUACAUAGUGCACAAAAUAUAUGACUUCCAGUUCACCACGCCUGCCUUAGUGGUGGAGAAGGAUGCUAUUUUGAUUCCAUCUGGAUGGGACAAUGAGAAGAAGAUUGGAAUUCUGCAUGAAAAUUUCACAACGGUGAGACCUGAAGACCCCUUUGAAGACUUCAUCAUGAAGCCUCCAGUACGAAAGCUGGUUCAUGAUAAGGAGGUCAACGCGGAGGACGAGCAGGUGUUCCUUAUGAAGCAACAGUCUUUGCUGGCCAAGCAGCCGGCCACACCAACAAGAGGAUCAACAGAAUCUCCUGGACGAACCGCUUCUGGCUCGCCUCGACCCACUGGCCGUACAGGCCCUACCAACGUGGCCAGCGUCUCGCCAAUGACCUCUGUCAAGAAACCUGACCCCAACAUGAAGGGAGCAGCAGCAAACGAGGGAGUGCUGGCCAAUUUCUUUAACAGCCUUUUGAGUAAAAAGACUGGGUCCCCUGGGAGUCCAGGCACCGGAGCUGCAGGAGCAGGAUCUCCAGGAUCAGUCAAGAAAACAGGGCAGAAGCCGGUUUUGACUGACGUCCAGGCAGAGUUGGAUAGAAUGACUCGCAAACCGGACUCCAUGGUUACAGCUAACAACACACCGACAGAGAACGAAGCGUGAACGCAACAACAGCAUUGUCCACUGCAAAUACUCUGGAAAACAAACACACACAAGCAUAAAAAAAACCGAAAUAUGACCAAAUUCCCAAUGUGUAUAUCAGUCAGCAGACAGUAGUUUUGCCAAAUGAAUUUGAUAUGCGAUCAGAUAUUUUUGGUUAUUUUGGUAAGAUGGGGAAAGAACAAAAGGUGGAGGUUUGGAGGAGGAGGAAGUUGAGGACUUGGCUGUAUCUAUCCUUAUUACUUCAAUUGUAAUUGUUUUUUUUGUAGUUUUUUUUUUUUGCAAGGGAUGUCCGGUUCAGUAAUGCGUGCACACUCCUUGGGGGGCAGCCAAAUCCCCUGGUCAGCGAGCCCUCCGUUAGCUAGGGGAUACACCCUCCCUCACAAGCUUAAAGAGUGGAAAAGUGCUGCGGCCUCUUGUUCAGCUAAUCUUAUGGAAGGAAAGCGGUUGUGAUAAGAACAAUUAAACCCUAAAUAUAUUCAUUUAAAAAAAAUGAAAUACUUGCAAGCGUAUGUGGUAUGUACAAAAAAAAGAAAAGGUUAUAGAUAUGAUACUGGUGUAUUUAUAUAAAAAUCUUUAUUUUCUAUUUUUUUCUGCACUGUUUGCGAUUUAGUAAAGGGUUUAGAUAGCUAUAUCUCAUAACAUGUUAAACUCCACUGAUGUCAUGACACUAAUGUGACAAAUACAGAUAGCUGAUAGCAAACAGUGGCCUGCCCACAAAAUGGCAGGUCCAACUAGUCACCUAAGGAUUCUGUAAAUAUCAAUGAAAUUGCAAUUCAAGCUUUUGGUCUUAUUUUGUACAAAAAUGCAAUUCUUUCACAAUAUUGUGAAGAAAUGUCUGGGAUAAAAUGAGCAUUGUUGGGAUUGGCAAGUGUAGAAUUAGCAAGGAACACUUUUGGCUAGAGGUGUUUUGGGGGCAGCAUCUUUCCUACUAUAACUCCCAAGUGCCUGGCACAGUAACUGUUUGUGUCAUAGUGGAGCUGCUUGUCUACUUAAAGAGGAAAUGCACUGUAUCACCAACGGCAAAAAGUUGUCCAUUUGGUCAUUUCAAGUAAUUUAUUUUGUUAAUUUUUUUUGUAUAACAAGUCUGUGGUCUUUGCAUAAGGUUUCAAAAGAAAUGUAGCUGACAUUGUUCACUUGAGUAAUAUUGAGAUUGCCUUUCAUUAUAUAAACUGUAAAGGUAUCUAGAUGCAGAUUUUUAGAAGUGACCAUAAGUUUAGAGUAUUUGUUUCCCCCAGAUGAACACUUGCAUCGUUUAAACCACUCACUUGCGUGGCCAAAUCAAAAGGAAAUCAAAUACUACGGUUUUAAUGAAAUGGGUUACCCUUAAAAAGGAAAUUUAGCUCUGUUCUUUUUCAGUUUAAAGUGUUUUUAUACAAGCUGUAUGGCAGGUCAGGUUAAACAUUCCCGAUCUCUACAUGAUGUCGGUGUAAAAAUCGUGGCCCAGUAGGAAAUUGCAAUGUCCACAGAUCUUUUGUGUAAUCUUCAGUGCCCAUUUGCAAUGUUGACUUUUUGCCUUCAGUGUACAUACAGUUCACAAUUUGUCCAUCUGUGCACCCUGCCUUCACUCAGGGUAGAUCUUAGUCAAUAUUAUCAGCCUUUGCUUGUGUCCUUAGUAGUUAAUUUUUUUUGUCCUAGUUCUGCCAAUGAUUUUGUUAGUUACAUCCACUCUACUGUACCAUAUCAAAUCAUUUGUAAAAAAUCGUAAGAUUAUUUGAUUAAUCACAAAUAACUAGAUGAUCACACAAAUCUACCUACAGUCUUAGCUAUGGUUAAUUUGCAGAUCAGCAAUUGUAACAUCGGUUUAAUAAACUGUAAGAGCAGCUACUUGGCUUUUAAAACCACCUAUAACAACAACGGAAACUACAUAGAAUUGGAACCUGGAACCAAAGAUGCAGCAAUCCAUGUGUUCUGUUUGUGUAGAAUAGUCUGGUUUGAUUCCCAGGUGACCAUCUCCCCUGGCCUUGCGUGGAACACCUGUCAUUCCAAAGUACAUUCUAAGGUGGUCCAUAUACUUACUUGAGUUGCCAGGCUAACUUUUUUUUUGCUCUGUAAGGGGGAAAAAAAACAAGACCUAGAGGUGUGUAGUCUACUUUAUUUUGUGUUAAGUAAUCUGUUGUAAGAAUAAGAACUGGCUGGAUUUUGAUUCCAUUUUUCUUAUCUUCAUUGGGCAGAAAUUUGCAUCUAAGAUCUGUUGCUGAAAUACAAGCACAAUAUUGUGACAGGAAGGAAGGAGUAUUAAUCUUAUGUUGAAAUAAUCACUUUCAUUGGGAGAGUUGUAGUGAACCCCCAGAUGUUAUUGUUUAAACUAGAGAAUGCAUACUCUUCUACCUGCCUGCGUAGAACGUGUAAUGAUGAAUUACAAGUAUAAUGUACUUAAUAUUGCGUUCAUAUUUUUGGGAUUAGCAGUAUAACGAACAUGUCCCUGGCAGUCAAAUCUGCUCCAGACUUUUAAAGCUAGACAUUUUUGGAGAUUUUAAGAAAAUAUCUAAAUAAACUCAAAUGCAUGUCAAUGCUCCUUAGGUCUUUAAUGUGCAUUUCUGGUACACCUGUCCAUUGCAGCACAUCUCCUUGGUAUUUUUCUGUUAGAUUUUUCUGCACAACAAUGGUUGUUUUUUGCAAGCAUUACUUUGUGUAAAUGAUAUAGGACAUAUCUUUAGGGUGGUAAACAGCCUAGAAAUUCAUGAACUAGUUCACUCCUCUGAUGUUUGUCUCCACAUAGUUACUAUACAUCUGCAUUAGCCAAACAGACAUUUGUAUGUUUGGCUAGUACAUCACGCUGCUUGAUUUCCAAACUGCAAGUUUUUGAUGAUUUGGAUAUCAUUUUUUUCCCAAGGUUAAGUUAAAAGCGACUGCUCUAUACAUCAUCUUAGUGCUAUGCCUUCAGCCCUUGAAAAUAUACACAUAUAGGAGAUUUAAAAGCUUUUGCUUCCAGUCCUUUUUAUUCGGGAUAUAAAAACCUUUUAACCACAUGGAGUACUGUGUUUGUGCCCUGGACAUAUUCCGUGUGAUUGUAUGGCUUUAACGUGAUGCAGCCAUGUGGUAUCUCGCUUUUUGUGCCGACAAAGAUAAGGAAAAGUGUCUGUCAGCCCUGGCUUCAAUAAAACAAAGAAUCCAGACUUUUGUUACAUUUUUGUAUCCCUUUGUCUCAAAUCAUGAUAAUGUGUGUCAAGAAGGCAAGUAAAAUCCAUGGUGAAUAUUG